AUGGAUGUCGAGGUCGCUCUCUUGGGCCCACGGAGCCCCUCAUCUCCCUCCCGACCACGACGGGCGCCCCUGGUGGAAUUGGUGCUCGAGCUUCAGGAGGAGUUGCGCGCUUACCUCUUCUUGUUCAUGGAGGUGACCUGCCUUGGGCAGGCGGCACCCUCGUGCUCCCAGCUUCGCAAUGGCUUGUGGGCUGAUGCGGCUUUCUGGAAGGCAUAUGCCGGCGUCUGCUUGAAAGAGCAUUGGCGAGAAGGCAACGCUGCGGUUUUAAGGGAGCGGUUUCGGGUCUGGCUCUUCCACCUCGAGGGAGAUUGGGAGAAGGAUUUUGCGGAGGUCAUCGAGCAGGACGGCCGCUCUGAGUUCGGAGCCAACUUUCUGCAGUUGCUUGAGGAUGCCAGGUACAUCGCGUCCGGCCUGAUGCCUACGGACAAAGGGCCCCGGGUCGAUGAGUUCGCGAAGCUGGUGUGCUCGCUUUUGAAACAGUACAACCCCAAGCAGCUUGACGAGAGAUGGGCGGCAGAAAGCUUUCUCUCGAAGGUUGAACAACGAAAUGAUGUUUUCGCCGACGACCAGGUCUCUCAAGUAGCCAGCGCUUUUGCGGAGUCUCUUGAGAGGUCCAUGCUGGAGCAGCAUUUGGAGGGUGCGGAUGAAGCCCAUUGGACGGAGCCACUGCCCGAGGGGGCGUGGCAGACGUGGGAGCUUGAAGAAGAGGAUCCAUCUGAGGAGAGCUUCCCGGGCAUGCACACAGAUUUUGGAGAUUGGUCUCCGCCUGCGGAUUGGUCUCCGCCUGCGGCCGCGGAGGAGUCGGAAACGGAUCAGCUGAUGGCUCGACACCGUCCUCUUUCCAACAUGUCGCGCCAUGACCUGACCGCUUACUUCGACUGCGCCUGCCUGCGCGGACUUCUCGCUUGGAGCUGCAGAAGACCUGCGAGCGGGCCUGGCAUCAUCUUCAGCGGGACGGGCUCCUCUUGUGCUCAGCCAAUGCUCCGGUGUGCCAUUGGAGGGGAGGGUGGAGUUCCAGGCUGCCAGUCCUGUGCAGUGGCCCUGCGUUACGGUCGGGGAAACCCAAACUGGAGGAACAAUGUUGGGCUGAUUGUCAGAUGGGUGCAGUCAGAUGGUAAAGUGAAGCACGUGCAGAUCGACUGUGGUAAGACCUACCGUGAUUCCGUGUUGACGGUGUACAAAGAGCACAAGGUCUUGUCGUUGGAUGCAGUGUUUUUGACACAUGACCAUGCUGACGCAAUUCUCGGCCUGGAUGACCUGCGACAGCUCCAGCCCUUUGACCCCGGGACGCGUCGAGUGCUGGGCCCACCCAUGCGCUGCUUCUGUGACCGCCGCACGCUGCAGCACUGCCGACGUGCGUUUCCGUACCUGUUUCCCAGUACGGGGAAGGUGCGACUUAUGCAGGCUUUUUGCCAGUGCAACAGCGACUGCGAUGGCGACUGCAAGCCGGACAUGCCGGACCAGAGCAUUAGCCCCAACUCCCCCGAAAAGGUAACGCGGUUUGUCGCCAGCAUGGAAUGGAAGGAGAUUCCAGAGGAUACCUCCCCGUUCUACGUGGAUGGCUUUCCAUUUCACGCGCUGCCGGUCCUGCAUGGUGCGGACUACACCUGCUUUGGCUACGGUUUUGGUUCCCACGGUUCCAGAGUGGUCUACAUAUCUGACUACACGGCCCUCUUGCCAAAGACGGAAGCCCUGCUGGAACGCUGGAGCAGCAAGCCGGACAAGAUCUCCAUCUUGAUUCUCGACGUCCUCUUCCCAGAUGCCACCAAAAGCACGGUGCAUGCGAACCUGGAGGAGAGCCUCGACUUGGUGCGGCGCUUUCGGCCGGAGAAGGCCUUCUUCGUCGGUGUUGGCCACUAUUGCCGCUCGUCAUUUACGUAG